AUGCGAGGAACACGGCACACGCCCCCGCGGCAACGGGCUGCACCUCGUCCUCCUUCGUGUGCCCCUCGCACUUCCUCGCCCCCAAGAGCGUCACGCCUGCUGCUGCUGCUGCUGCUGCUGCUGCUGUUGCUCGUGCCGUCUGUUGGGGCGGGGAGCCCGGGGGCGGUAGGGGGCGGCCCGCAGCGGGGGGACCUUCCGGCGGGCUUCAUACGCAGCCCGCUGCUGCACGAGCACUCCUUCGCCGCCCCCAUCGUCACGGACUGGUGGGAGGAGGGGGUGCCGCACUUCAUGAUUGGCGGCUCCGCUGUGGCGAAUGAGAAGUUUAUUCGCCUCACCACAAACAGCCCCGGCGAUCACGGGUUUGCCUUCAACACGGCCCCGUGCGAUCACCACGCGUGGGAGGCGCGGCUGCGGUUCUCAAUUCGCCCGCCGCUGCCGCUUGUGCGGGCGCGGUGGCGGCAGGAAGAGGAGGUGGUGCCGUACCAGGGCGGCGAGGGAAUGGCGCUGUGGUACCUGCAGCAGCCGCUCGGGGACGACCACCAGCACGUGCCCAAGUACAGCAAGCCGCUGGACCCGGACGCCGCCGAGGAGGAAAAGCUGCGCCACGACCCCGCACAAGCGGCGGAUCUGCUCUUGGGCCCCCCAGACCCUGACGACGACGAUGAGGAGGAGGAGGACGCGGAGGCGGCCAACGCGACGGUGCGGGAGGAGCGCCGUGUGGCGCGGCUGCUGCAGCAGCAGGAGCGCGAGGCGAUGUACCGCCGCCACCUGGGCCGGGGCACCUCAACGGACAACAGCGACCUCGAGCCCCGCAUUUUUGGGCUGAAGUUCUCGGAAUUUAAGGGCUUCGGCGUCCUCCUCGACUCCGUGGGGCACCGCGAGGAGGCCGCCCAGCAGCAGCGGAACGGCAGCAGCAGCGGCCGCACCGGCUGGGCCCGCCACGAGAUGCACGACCCCCGCGUCACGCUGCUGCUGAAUCUGCCGGCGGAGGAAGGCGGUGGGGCAAAACCGCCGGCUGUGAACAACUUCAACCCGCAGAACCCCAACUUCCGCGCCUCGGCGGUGCGACUGCAGUGUCGGUACGACUUCCGCCAGUCCCCGACGGAGCGGGCGGUGCGGAUGUCGACAGCGACGGCGCGGGCGGAGGCCCGGGAGGCCGCGGGGGAGGCGCUGCUGCGCCGCACCCCGGAGGACCCGGUGGAGCUCGUCGUGCGGUACCACCGCCGCCGCCUGACCGUCACGCUCACCCGCGAGGACGUGAGCCGCCGCCGCCUGGUCGCCGUGAGCCCCGGCGACGCGCCGCAGCAGAGGCCGUCGAAGAGCGGCAACGCCUACCACAUCGAAAAGACGUACGUCAACACGCUGUGUGGGGAGAUUGACGACGUGGAGCUGCCGCUGGGGUACCACUUUGGGGUCUCCGCCAGCACUGGGCCGCGGGCGAAGCGGAAGGAGUUGGGGAGGGAGCGGCCUCCCUUCCCGCACGGUGAGGCCCUCAGGACGCUGCUGCAGGAGUCCUAUGCGCUGGAGACGACGGAGAUGCACGUGGAUGUGCACGACGUCAUCGCGUUUGAGCUGCGUGAGCUGGGCAAAGACGCCAAGGCGAUGGGGUACUCGAAGAGCAUCCCGAUUGAGCACUUCGACUACGAUGUCGACCGACGCGAGCGGCAGCACUUCUCGCGGCAACUCCCCGUUGAGCCGGAGCCAGACGAUUCGCCUCUCUGA